UACGUACCUCUCGGCUGUUUUUUUUCCGGUUAGAGGCGGAAGUGAAGGCAGUGAGUUUGUGGAGGUGACCGAAUAGUAUAUCAAGAAUUAUUUUGGAAAUUUUAGAUUAUCACGGAGCAGACGCAAUUUAGGACAUUUAUUGAGACCGAGAUUGUAUAAAGUUCCUCGGUGCCAUGGGAGCUCACUUGGCCAGACGGUAUAUCACUGAGCGGGACACCGAGCCCGACCCUGCGAAGAAAUUUGAAUUCGACCCCCAUUAUGGUUUUGCAGAGAGGAAAGAGAGAGAGAUGGUCGCGACCCAGCAGCAGAUGAACUUGGCCCAGCUGACUUUGGAGCAGAGGGAUUAUUGUGCCCAUUACCUCCUGAAACUGAUGAAGUGCAAGAGAGACAACUGGCCCAACAUCUUGGCCUGCAAGCACGAGAGACACGACUGGGACUACUGCGAACAUCAGGACUAUGUCAUGCGUAUGAAGGAGUACGAGAGGGAGAGGAGGCUCCAACUGAGGAAGAAGAGAAUUGAGGCUCAGGCACAAGGUGCAUAAUCAGGACAGCCUGUAGUAGCUCUCUGUAUAUAUAUAUAUGUGCUGCUGUUCACAAUAAAUGUUUAAUCAUUA